UGAUGCAAACCUUCCCACCAAGGUUCUCUGGAGUCUCAGCCAAGAGCUGGCUGGACAACCCAGUUGCUGCAUUCCCAUUGCUGUAAUGAUCGCAACUUGGCAGCAUCCAGGAUGUCGUACGGUGGACGGGAGGGGGAGGAGAUGCUGGGCCCUUUUGCUAAACGCAACGCCGGAAAAGACAGAAGUAUGAAUUUUUUGUGGCCGAAGGUCCCCGAGCUGGAAGGAAAGGGCUGGGGGCUUUAGCAGGCUCAGGGAGACGGACGACCUAACUCCAAUUGUGCACCCCUCGCCCGCCAAGCUUUAUUUCGCUCCAAGAUCAGGACCCAAGGCAGCUACGGGGGAUGCUGCCAGCGGCGAGGGCUAUGACUCACUGAUUCAAAAGAAGGACUUCUCCACAUAUUUUGCACUUCUCCUUGUGUAUUAUGGAUACCAAGGAAGAGAAGAAGGAACGGAAACAAAGUUAUUUUGCUCGAUUAAAGAAGAAAAAACAAGCCAAACAAAAUGCAGAGACAGCUUCAGCUGUUGCCACAAGGAGUCAUUCUGGGAAGGAAGAUGCUAAAUCAGUGAUUUUGGAACAAGACGGGUCCAAUGUUAGUGUGGAAGAGGAGUAUAAUGCUGAUGAGAAAAAAAAGAGAAAGAACCAUCAGUUGAAGGAGAUCAGGCGCACGGAGCUGAAGAGGUACUACAGCGUUGAUGACAAUCAAAACAAAACUCAUGAUAAGAAAGAGAAGAAGAUGGUGGUUCAGAAGCCCCAUGGUACUGUGGAAUACACUGCUGGAAGCCAGGACACCCUAAACUCCAUAGCACUGAAGUUCAAUAUCACUCCCAACAAAUUAGUGGAACUGAAUAAGCUUUUCACACAUACCAUUGUUCCAGGCCAGGUCCUUUUUGUGCCAGAUGCCCACUUUCCUUCUAGUACUUUAAGGCUAUCAUCGUCCAGUCCUGGUGCUACUGUCUCUCCUUCAUCGUCAGAUGCAGAGUAUGAUAAACUGCCUGAUGCUGACCUAGCAAGAAAAGCCUUAAAACCCAUCGAAAGAGUCUUAUCCUCCACUUCUGAAGAAGAUGAGCCAGGUGUGGUGAAAUUUCUAAAAAUGAAUUGUCGAUACUUCACUGAUGGAAAGGGUGUGGUUGGAGGUGUUAUGAUUGUCACUCCUAACAACAUCAUGUUUGACCCUCAUAAGUCUGAUCCACUGGUUAUUGAAAAUGGGUGUGAGGAGUACGGCCUCAUCUGUCCCAUGGAAGAGGUGGUCUCCAUUGCCCUAUACAAUGACAUUUCCCACAUGAAGAUCAAAGAUGCCUUGCCAUCUGACCUACCUCAGGAUCUUUGUCCUCUGUACAGGCCUGGAGAAUGGGAAGACCUGGCUUCAGAAAAGGAUAUUAACCCAUUCAGCAAGUUCAAGUCCAUCUGCAAGGAGAAAAGACAGCAGAAUAGUGAGAGAACCUUCACUUCAGAUUCCAAAUCCAUGGUCUCUUUGGAGGAAUCAACAGAAUACACACGGGCAAAGCCCUUGGGCAGCUCUGAGUCAUGGAACUUAAAGAAACUGGACCCCACCAAGAAUACAACCACAGUGACUCAGCUCAACACGGGACCUUUGGACACUCAUGUUUCACUGGGAUCUACAGCCAAAGAAAAGUCCCUUUUAGGGGAAGAUGAGGACUUUGUUGAUUUGGAAGAGCUCUCAUCUCAACCUGAGAGCAGAAUGAACAAGGGAGAUGCCUCAAAGGAGUGUCUUUCUGUUGACAUCAAGGAGCAGAAGAAGAAUGAGCCAGAAAUAACCCGUUCUGUAAAGGAAAUGCAGGAGCAGUCAGCCCUGAGCCUUUCAGGAGCUGAGAAUGACAUGGAACUGAAGGGGGCUCUAGAUUUGGAAGCCUGUGAGAAGCAAGAUAUAGUGCCAGAAGUGGACAAGCAGUCUGGAUCCCCAGAGAGCCAGGUGGAAAACACGCUGAAUAUACAUGAAGAUCUAAAUAAAGUUAAACUCAUAGAAUUUUACCUAAACAAAAACAAAGAAGGGUCACAGUUGUCUGAAAAUUUGCAGAAGGCUGAAUCACAUGAUGGCAAAAGUAUGGAACCAGGCGGAAUAGACAUCACUCUUACCAAUUCACUUUCAAAAGCAGGUGAUUCCCCAACUCAGGUCAACAAAGAGCCAGAUAAAACCUGUAUAAAAGAAAGAGAGACCCUUCCACUGAAACUAGACUCCAGUACAGAUGAAAAUAUCAUUAACAGUAAAGAGAAUCUAGACUCUUUAGAAUCUACUUUAGAUAAGCGCUUUCCAGGUACACAAAUGGAUAAUAAAUCCGAGAUUCAGUUAUGGCUAUUAAAGAGAAUUCAGGUACCCAUUGAAGAUAUAUUGCCUUCAAAAGAAGAAAAGAGCAAGACUCCACCCAUGUUUCUGUGCAUCAAAGUUGGAAAACCAAUGAGAAAGUCCUUUGCCACACAUACCACUGCCAUGGUCCAGCAGUGUGGCAAACGAAGAAAGCAGCCUGAGUACUGGUUUGCUGUUCCCAGGGAGCGGGUGGAUCAUUUGUACACCUUCUUUGUUCAAUGGUCUCCUGAUGUCUAUGGGAAAGAUGCCAAGGAGCAAGGCUUUGUGGUGGUGGAAAAGGAAGAGCUGAAUAUGAUCGACAAUUUCUUCAGUGAGCCAACAACCAAGAGCUGGGAGAUCAUCACCAUUGAGGAGGCGAAGCGCAGGAAGAGCACGUGCAGCUACUAUGAGGACGACGAGGACGAGGGGCUGCCCAUCCUGCAGCCCCACAGUGCUCUUCUUGAGAACAUGCACAUUGAACAGCUGGCCCGACACCUUCCAGCCAGGGUGCAGGGAUAUCCAUGGAGACUAGCCUACAGCACAUUAGAACAUGGAACCAGCUUGAAAACUCUCUAUAGAAAAUCAGCAUCGCUCGAUAGUCCUGUCCUGCUGGUCAUCAAAGAUAUGGAUAACCAGAUUUUUGGAGCAUAUGCAACUCAUCCCUUCAAGUUCAGCGACCACUAUUAUGGCACCGGAGAAACAUUUCUGUAUACAUUUAGCCCCAAUUUCAAGGUCUUUAAGUGGAGUGGUGAAAACUCCUAUUUUAUCAAUGGAGACAUAAGUUCUUUAGAACUUGGUGGUGGAGGAGGACGAUUUGGUUUGUGGCUAGACGCUGACUUAUACCAUGGACGAAGCAACUCUUGCAGCACUUUUAAUAAUGAUAUUCUUUCCAAAAAGGAAGACUUCAUAGUUCAGGACCUAGAGGUAUGGACAUUCGAGUGACAUUCAGGCUGCCUUACAAUAUAAGAUGAAAAAGACUGGGUUAGAUCAGUCCUCUUACAAUUGUCUGGAAGAUAAGCCACAUCCCAGGCUGCCUCAUUCUACCACAGUGCUUUCUUUCUGCCAUCAUCUCAACACUUCAUCACACUGCAGAAAGAUCCUGAAAAGUUCUUGUGGAGGGCAGACGCUGAAGAAAGAUCUGAAGUUCAGAUUAUUGACAGACUUUAUAUUUCCACUUCUUCCAAAUCCAUGCAGUGAGGAACUAGAGUGUUUAUAAAUGUAUGAGUUGAAUGCAAUUUUAUUUUUGGUAACUGUGGAAAAAAAGAUACUGUGGAAAUAUCUACAUGCCUUGUGUAUUUAUCAGCAUAAUUUUCAUUACCAAAUGUACAGCUCUUGUUUGCCAUGGAAAGUUGUCCAAUUUAGAAUUGAAAGGACAUAGCACUUAAAGGGAAUAUAUGAUUUUUUAAAAAUCUAUUUAUUAUUUCUAGUAUUUGUCUCAUAUGUGUUGCAUUUUCUUUUAAUGUGUCAAAUCUGGAAAUAAAUGUAUAAAUUUUGUGCUAUAUUUGAAGAAUAAUUUCUUUGAUUUGUAUAGUUUUAUAUUGAACUUUUUUGUCCUGAUUGCCCAAGGUAAUAGGUCUUCAGCAGUGUACACACACACACACACACACACACACACACACGUUUAUAUAUAUGUGUAUGAAUUUUCAAAGCUCAUUACCAAUGUUCAUUAAUUUGUUCACUAUAGACCAGCUUUUUAUUUAGUCAUAAAGAAGGUAUACUAACUUAUCCUAAGUGUGUUUGUGAAAGCAGAGUAUACGAGUGUAUACCAUCUCUCUCUGUCAUAAGUUGAUAUUUAUAGCAAAUGAAAACACUUAUGAACAUAGACGUGGAACAAAUCCUUCUUUUGAAAGAAAAAAUGUCUUGCUUCUUAUAAAACCAUGUAUGUUAAUAAGAAAGCCUGAGUUUUCUUAACUUUUUUUUUCCUAAAUAACUUCCAAGUGUUUACAUUAAUGAGUAGGCCUCUGUUUUAAAAGGGACUGAGUCUUUAAUUUAUGAUUUUUCAAGUCAAAACAAUGUCAAAUUGGACCACUUCUCUUGGUUUCUUGACUUUUGAGGAAAAAUGCAAAGAAUUGUAUUCAUACCAAAACUGAAAGAAAAAAGAAUAUCUAUUUUUUAAAAUAUCAACUCCUUUUCACAUCAUAAAGUAUCUUUUAUUGAGAAUAAGAAAACCUUGUUAAAAACUUAAUAUUAAUUACCAGAUUUUUUAUGAAAGCCAAAGACUAAUGGAAAAAAAUUUAAUAAUAGCCAAAGUUGAAAAGUAGUCUAUCACAAAUUAUUUCCCUAGUGAACUUUGACAGGAAAAUUAAUAGCAAAUUAAAUUUGCAUAUCUGAUUUUUAAAAAGCAUAGUUCUUCAAAUCUCUUCUUUAAAGUAUUAUCCUUCUUCAGAUUCUUUGUAAGUAAACAAAUUGUCCAGUGGCCUCCUGUCAGAUGAUUGUACUACAUUCCCAUUUCAUGCAAGUUUACAUGAAUGCUAUAAAAUUUUAAGUCUAUAGCCUAGAUACUUGUCACUCAAGUUCUUUGAAAACUCUUGAUUAAAAAUAUAUUGGUAAUUUGGUCUUGGUCUGCUCAUUAAAAGAUGAGUUGGUGAGAUACCAGGAAGGUCUCAUGAUGAUUAUGUUUACCAUUUAUGCCAUUUGUAACCAUAUGCUAUUAAUGAACAAGAAGGUCAUUUUGCAUAAUAGAGCACUCUUAACUAGUUUAGUCCAUGAUACUGUACUCGUGAGAGCAUAUCCAGAUGCUGUGUUCUCUAUUUAAACCAGUAUUGUUCAAUCAAAAAUGUCACUUAUGGAUAUUGACUAUAUGUAAUGCAGUGCUAUCCCAACAUUUUCAAUAAAGGAAUUUAUGCAGUCAG